AUGAAAGCUCCCUUGUACACGGAAGAAAGUCAAAUAGGUCUGCACCUGAAUGAAUAUGCUCCUUCAUUUGAUGAUAACACGCGGUGAGUUCAGGGUUUUACAAUCAACUUUUAUAGGCAUUGUGCAUUUAUUUCCCGGACGUCCGUUAUUGUAUUAGAUGUCAAGACCGGAUCCCGGCGUAAUAUAUUCCAACAUCAUACCGCUAUUGUUGGAAUCGAAUGGAAUGGAGAUCACGUAAGUUGAAGAAAAUAAUUUUUUAUUCUCGUUUUAGUUGCUGUCGAUUUCACAGAAAGGAGAAGUCUUUAAAUGGAAUGUGGGAGAGAAUAAACUUGUGGAAACUCGGAAAAUGAAGAUUGAUGGCCGUUUGGUAUAUAUCUAUGUUGUAAAGGGGACGUUGUUCGGCCUUCUAAAUAACAAAUCUGGGGAUAUACUGCUCAAAAUCGAUCUGCAGAAGUUCGAAUGCAAGACAAUAGCAGUUCUGCCUUGCAGAAUCGAAAGGCCCAAGCAAUUGGCAGUCGGAAGUGACUUUCUUGUUUAUUGUUCUGGACGACGAGUUAAUGUUAUCGGUUUUGAUGAUUCAUUUACACCACAAGAAACCGAAUUUUUCUUCGGCCAGCACUUUACGUCCGCGGAGUAUAACAAGGAGAUUGAAUUCAGCUCGAUCAAAGUUGUUGAGGACAAUGUUUUCGCGGUUCUGAAUAUUGGCCGAGUUUAUUCUUGGUGAGUGCCUUAUAUUCUUUGAGCAUUACCCAUUUAGGAACCGGGUGGAUAAAUACGGAUUGACUGCCUCAAAUCGAACUUUCUUCCACUCUCAUAAUUCCGAAGUUAAUAUUGCCGUGACUUCAUUGUUAGCUGUAUUCUGUGGCACUGGGAACUGCCGUGUGGACAAGUGGAAUAUGACGACUUCCGGUAAAGGAAAGUACGAACAAUUUCAUGCCAUGGAAAGGAUGGAUUCGGCAGUGGACAGUCUGUGGCUGAGUCGGGAUGACAGUGUUCUUGUUGCUGUUCUUGCCGACAACUCGUUGGUUGUUCUCAACACGUCUACUCUUGCUGUUAUUUCUCGUCCUCAGACGAUUCAAUGGUCCCCAGAACCUCCUACGGAUUGGAUUGGGCUGAAGACUGACGUGGAACAUCCCAAUUACAUUGUUACGAAUAGCAGACAUGGCUAUGUCCAAUGGAUUGAUCCAGUGAAAUGGAGAACCAUUGCCGAGGUGGGUUCUUAUUUUUUCUGUUUUCAAUCGGUCCUCUUUUACAUCAUAAUUUAUUUUGUUUUUUUAGUUUGAUGUUGCAAAGGAAAACCCUCCCACCAGGGACAGUAUCACUGCACCCCAGUAUGACUGGACCAAUGUCUAUCAGAUCGCGCUUUCUUCUUCAUUGAUUGUCACGUGCCAGUUGCUGAGGCAUAAUGCUGAAAAGGUUUGUACUAUUUACAAGUGGCUAAUUUUUUAGACGAUUUUAAAAUUCUUCACUCGUCUGCCCACCCGAUCAAUCAAUGACAUAAAAUAUUUGAAUUCGAUUGAAUUGUUUUGGAAGGUAAAAUUCCUUAGAUUGAGUCAAGAAGAAGAGAAGCACCAUGCUAAGGACGAGGGAGAAUACGCUAUUGCCGUCGAUUACAAUGGGAAGAUAUUAUCCUUCCAACACGAUCCUACAAGACGGCGAAAAUUCUGUUUAGAUCUGAAAAAACAGGCUUCGUGGAAUAACACAUUAAUAUUCGGUUGUUCUUCUGUAAGAGAAAAUCUUUUUGCCACUGUCAAUGGAAUCGAAGAGAAGGAUACCUUUGUUAUCUUAUGGAAUGGAAAUUAUCUUAACACCGUGGAAUGUUUGGACCAGAUCCCAGGCGUGAAAAGUGUUGCGUGGGCACCUUUAACUCAAAAUCCAAACUUCUUGUUAAUGUCUGGAGAUAUUGGAGUGUUGGCAUUUGACAUUACUAAUCGAACUUUUACCUGGGCCAUACAACAAACUGGUCUCAAUCUGUAUUGUGACAGAUUAGUUUCUUUCGGUUAUAACAAAGAGGACGGUGGGUAUUCGAUUAUUUUGUGGAAAUUCAUCUAUUAAUUAAUCAGCAAACCUCUUUAGUGUUUUGGUUCGAUUCAUCAACUGGCGAUUUGAUAAAGAAGUUGUCAUUCAGCAGCCCUCAAGAACAAAUCGUGGCCACUGGAAGCGAGUCAAACAUAAGGUUUACGGCUUUGAAUUCGCAGGUAUGUUUUCCUCCGAAAUGAAAUCUCUUUAUUUACUUUAAACUUAUACAAUCCUCCAUUUAUUUAGGGUCUGUCGUUAUUGAAAUCCGAGAUUGAAGAGAACCAAUCACUUCGAGAAGUUACUCUCGACUUCAAAAAAACUCCGUUCUCAGCUCUCGCACAACUCGUUCGAUCACAGAGGGUGGAGCAAUAUCCGAACCGACGAAUCAACACAUCAAAGACCUUAUCUGCGCGGAAAUUGCUGGAAGGAACGGCCUAUACCUUGGCACCCCUCACCAAACUCGGCCCCACGUUUGUCGAAAGUUGCCUUCUCCUGAAGUCCUCCAACUAA